CACAUUAAGACACCGCAAACGCUCGUUUCUGGGAAGCUUGCUGAAAUUCCAUUUCCUUUGCUGCUCCUCGUAUGUAUCCUCACGCUCUUUACAGCUUCUAAAACCCAGCUAGUUUUAACUAGCUUUGCUUGCACCAAUGGAGGGCAGCUAACACCGGCGAUUUCUUGUUAGGUUUCCGUGGCCGGCCGAUUCCGCUUUCCGUCGGCGCCUCAGCGACGCUGUGGCGGAGCAUCCUACGUGUUGGGUCGUGAGGUAGCACAAAGAGUAUCUGCAGGCACAGCUUCUGCAGGCGGGGAACCAGCUUCUUCGAGGGCACUGCCGGCGCUGACGAACUGGUGUGUCGAUGGCGGACUUGAACCGCGACACUGGCGACGCGAGUGUGCCACUUAUCGCACCUGCUAGCCCAAGGACCGACAAACCUCAUGACGUCAUGGGGUAUGGAGGCGAGGGCCACCACCGGCCGCCCGGCGAGCCCGGCCACGUGCGCACGCUGGGGCUGCUGCCGCUCGUGACCCUCAUCUUCUUCGAGGUGUCCGGAGGGCCUUUUGGAACAGAGGACGCCGUGUCCGCUGCUGGGCCCCUGCUGACCAUCCUGGGCUUCCUGGUGUUCCCGCUGCUGUGGUCGGUGCCGGAGGCGCUCAUCACAGCGGAGCUGGCCACCGCCUUCCCCGAGAACAGCGGUUACGUGGCCUGGGUGACCGCCGCGUUCGGCCCCUUCUGGGGCUUCCAGGAGGGGCUGUGGAGCUGGCUGUCGGGCGUCACCGACAACAGCCUGUACCCGGUCAUGCUGGCAGCCAACCUGGAGAUCUUCUUCCCACAGCUGGAGAGCGGCUGGCCGAGGAUCUGCUUCCUGGUGGGCAUGUCUCUGCUGCUGUCGUGGCUCAACUACCGCGGCCUGACGGUGGUGGGGCACGCCGUGGUCACGUCCACGGUGGCCAUCGUGCUGCCCUUCGUGCUGCUGUGCGCACUGGCGCUGCCGAGAGCCAACGUGAAGAACUUCACCAAGGUGGACUGGGACACAGUGGAUUGGCCCACCUUCCUCAACGUCAUGUUCUGGAACCUCAACUACUGGGACAGCGUGUCCACACUGGCGGGCGAGGUCCGCGACCCCGGCCGCACCUUCCCUCGCGCGCUGCUGCUGGCCGUGGUGCUGGUGGUGGCCAUGUACCUGCUGCCCACGGUGGCGGCGCUGGGCGUCACGGCGGCGGCGGGCGACUGGAGCCUGGGCUUCUACGGAUACGUGGCGCAGCAGGUGGGCGGCCCCUGGCUGGCUCUGUGGGUGGUGGUGGCGGCGGCCUGCAGCCAGGUGGGCCAGUACCAGGCCGAGAUGGCCAGCGACUCGUACCAGGUCCAGGGCAUGGCCGAGCGCGGCUUCCUGCCCAAGGCGCUGGGCCGCCGCAGCCGCCACGGCACCCCCGUGUAUGGCAUACUGCUCAGCUCGCUGGGGGUGCUGUGCCUGGCGUCCAUGUCGUUUGUUGAGAUUGUGACGCUGCUCAACGCCAUCUACUGCCUGGCCGAGCUGCUGGAGUUCGCGGCCUUCGUGUGGCUGCGCAUCAAGCAGCCGCACCUGCUGCGGCCAUACAGGGUGCCGCUGCCGGUGUGGGGGCUGGUGCUGAUGCUGCUGCCCGCCAGUGUGCUGCUGCUGGUGGUGCUGGCGGUGCCGUUCGUGACCGGCGACCUGCCCACCGUGGCCUGGACGCUGGGCGCGGUGCUGCUGGGCUUCGUCAUGUAUCCGGCGCUGCAGUUUGCCAAGAAGCGCGGGUGGAUGGUGUUUGAGGACAUGCACUUUGACUGCGCCAAUGUGUAUGACGCUAGUGGCGGCGGCGCGGCGGCUGGCGGCGCCGGCAUUCACAACUGUGCAGCGGCGGCGGCGGCGGCGACCAACGGUCACGGCGGCAUUGUGGUGGUUAGCGAUGAGCGCACCGCGUUACUGGCGGGUGGAGGGGCGAACUGAUGAGACGCUGCUACUGCCGGCAGCAGCUGCGGCUGUAGCACCAAGCGGGGAUGGGCUGGUGUCUUAGCAACGGGAUUGCGGCGGGUGCAGUGGGCUCGCGUGGUGGUGUGUCCUGUGGUGAGAUGUGGUGCGUGGGGCCUCGUGGAAAUGGCGCAGCACUAGGUCUUGCCUGGCAGCAGGAGAGCUGUGCAGCCUGUCUGGUCUGGGCUGGUGGUGUGCGGGAUUUUGUACCUAGUUAUCAUCGACUCCUGUACAGAACUGGUAGGUGUGGCUCGUGUAUGCAGUAAUAGCAGGAUGCAAACCUGCAAGGCGGACGUCGCCUAUCCUGACUUCACCGACUGACUGCUAGUAACAAGACCCGAUAGGUGUAAAUGGUGGUGUGGAUGAUGAGGCCGACCUUAGUGCUGGGGCGACGUAAAGAGCGGGGAGGAGUGGCGGGCGGCCGUGAACGCGCGUGGCGGCAACUUGGAGGCUGGGGCGGGGCCGGCGGGCUGUACGUACAAGUAGUAUAGCGGAAGGUGAGGGGGUUGGGUUGAGAUUAGGUGAGGAGCCUGCCCGCAUGCUAGGUUGCGCAGGGUUCGUGCACGUUGGUGCGUUGUGAGACAUGUGUGUAUGGACGGCCCGAUUGCUGUUGUACCC